GCGGCUGCUCAGAGAGCCGAGGUGAGGGCAGUCCCGCGUAAAGCCCGCGCUACUGCCGCCGCCGCUGCUGCCACUUCUGUGAGUCUGGGGAAAACCGCCGCGUGCCCUUCCUUCCCGCCCUCAGCUGUGCGGUGGGGAGGAGGGAGACCAAGGGUGCACGGUGCCAGCUGUCUCCAUCCCCAGACCCGUUGCCUUUCCGGUUGCACCGGUCCCUGGGUGUCAUUUCAUUACCCUCGGAUUCCCGCUCCCCUCCGCCCCCUUCCCGGGCCAAACAUGAUAUUGACUAAGGCCCAGUACGAAGAGAUAGCUCAGUGCCUCGUGGCUGUGCCACCUACCAGGCAGAGCCUGAGGAAGCUGAAACAGAGGUUCCCCAGUCAAUCGCAGUCCACUCUGCUGAGCAUCUUCUCCCAGGAGUACCAGAAACACAUAAAGAGAACUCAUGCUAAACAUCAUACUGUGGAGGCUAUUGAAACUUAUUACCAGAGGUACCUGAGUGGAGUGAUGAAAGAUGGAACAGCCCCUGUGCUUUUGGAGCUGGCCAAUGAGGUGGACUAUGCACCUUCAUUGAUGGCUCGAAUUAUACUGGAAAGAUUCCUACAAGAACAAAAAGAAUCUCCACCCUCCAAGUCCAUUAUAAAUAGUAUGCUGCGGGACCCUUCUCAGAUUCCAGAUGGAGUUCUAGCAAAUCAGGUCUAUCAGUGUAUCGUGAAUGACUGCUGUUAUGGACCACUGGUAGGCUGCAUCAAACAUGCCAUUGGGCAUGAACAUGAAGUCCUGCUAAGAGAUUUGCUUCUAGAGAGAAACUUGUCCUUCCUAGAUGAAGAUCAACUCCGUGCAAAGGGUUAUGACAAAACACCAGACUUUAUAUUAGAAGUGCCAGUUGCUUUAGAAGGGCACAUAAUUCACUGGAUUGAAAGCAAAGCCUCAUUUGGUGAUGAAUGUAGCCACCAGGCCUACCUGCACGACCAAUUCUGGAGCUACUGGAACAGAUUUGGUCCUGGAUUGGUGAUCUAUUGGUACGGAUUCAUUGAGGAGCUGGAUUGUAAUCGAGAAAGAGGCAUCUUGCUCAAAGACUGCUUCCCCACUGACCUUGUCACCUUAGGCCAGAGCAUAGCUCAGCCUUGACCAUCCUGGAAAUGACUCGAGGAGGAAGAGGUGAAUCCGGAAGCAAUUUGACUUUCCCGCAGUAUAAACUGCUGGCAACAUCUGCCCUGAACUUCAGCUGAACUCUUGCUGCCCGUGGUCACACCAGUACCUCUUCAGACAAAUAUCAAGAGUUUCUGUUUUGUUUCAUCCCUUGUUGAUGUGAGCAGCCAAGAACUACAGACAUAACCCACUCAUUAUCAGCAUUUCUGUCUCUGUCAAACAGUUGGUUUAUAGAUAGUCAUAAUCUUUCUUCCUUCCGGAUGGUUUCUCCUUGCCUGUAGAACAAAAGAAAAAAUGUGGAGGCUGAAAGGUGUGAUUUUCAAUUCUCCUCCUGGUUGCAGAAUCACCCCCAUUAUUAUAUUUUUUUUCAAAGCUUCUAUUCAUUUUUUCUCCCUUCUCCUUUUCUCUUCCCAUAUACAUAUAGAUAACCAGUAUUUUAUUAAUGUAAUGAAUAGAUCUAGUUCAAAAAAAAAACCUAUUCCCCCUCCCCCACCCAAAAAGCUAAGAAAUGAUGUAUGAAAAUAUGAUUUCACUGUUAACUAGAAUGGUCCAUUGUCAUCAGGUGGCACAGGGCAUAAGGCGGGAGCUGUAUUUAGGGGCUACAUUGUCCACUCUGAACAGAGUUUCCUGGCUCAGGUGGCAUUCAGCCAAGCUGUAAGCAACAUUUUAUGUGAAUUUCCUCUUUUUUAUAAGAACAUCUGAACAUCAAACGUGUUUAUGGUGAUCAAUUUCAAAUGUAUUUUUCAGCACCACAAUUACAGGGCUUCUACACUAUACUGAUAUCAGGGAUUGACUUUUGAAGGGAGGCAACUUAGAUCCAAUUAGAGGUUCUAUCAUAGACUAUCUCAAUAUAUCUUGAGAAAAAACAAAUAUGUUGUCCAAUGCUUAUGGGAAUUAAUAAGUGAAAACCAAAUUCUCCCUUCUGUUUUCUACUUGUUUCUGAUUAAACAAAUUGCCCUAAUAAGCAUUAACAGCCUAUUUGUAGUUAAAUAUAAUUUUUUUAAAAUCUCGUCUCAAUUGUACUACAGAAGUUCUUUUUUAAGAAUUGGACAUUUUGAGAUGAGAAAGAAAUGAAAAGAUGAUCACACAAGAAAAAACCCACAACAAAAAAAUCAUUACAUAUUUGAAUAGUUUUUAGUGAUCAUCAUUUUAAAAGAAGAGAGGACCAAAGGCUCUUCAACCACUGUUUUCUUCUUUUAAUUAGAUACCUUGUAGAGCAGGUUUCAUUCUACAAGCAAAGCACCAAAAGAUGAAUUAUAACCUUCUCAUUUAAAAAACCUAAAACCAGCAAGUUACACCCUUAGACUCUGUGAAUACAGUCAAGGUGUAUCAGUUCCCUUGAUGACAGAUUAAUUUCUAAGCAGAGGUGUUCUUAUAAAUAUGUCGCUUUGAAAAUAUUAAUUAAAAUGUUACUUUUGCAGAUGCCUGGAACUCAUUUUCAUUCCUUACCUUUCUCAAAGAUUAAUUUUGGUUUUGCUUUUUAACCUUGUGGCAAAAAUCUUCAUACUACUGUGAACAGUAUCAAGAAAAAAGAAAGGAUGGAAGACAAUGACAAUAAGAUGAUAUAAGUUUUCAAAAAAGAAAAAUGCUAAAUUUCAGAAAUUUCAGACUUACUUAUUGCAGAGGUUCUUAAUCUGGAAACUAUUGAUUUGUAUUUUUUUAAAAACAUUUUAACAUUUCCACCUAAAUGGUUUUCUUGUCAUCCUCUGUACUUUAUUUUAUUCAUUUUAAAAGCAUUACUCUGAAAAGGUAUUCAUAGACUUCACUAAACUGCCCAAGAGAUUCAGGAUCCCAAAGUAUUCAGGACCCUAAAUAUAUAAUGUUUUAAGCCUCACCAGCUCAAAAAAGAAGAAGAAGAAGAAUAUACAUGAGAUUCAUUCACUAGAGCAGAAUUUUUUUCUUUCAGAAUAAGUUGUUUAUCUGAAUAGAUGCUGAUAAUCUUGUUAGUCCUAGUCAAAGAUUUUUUUUAUUUUAUUUUAGAUUAAACAAAUUUAUGACAAAGGUACACAAAUAAAUAAGACUGGCCUCACACUUUGUAUUUUUUCUACCUGGUGCUCUGAUGUUAACAGAUUGUAUAUUGAUAUUGAUGUUCUCAAUCAAAGUCUCACUGUCCUCUGGAUGAGGGAACUUUUAAAAUUUUGUGCAUUUGCCACAGAAAGAAAACUGGUAAAAAUUGUACUUCUUGUAAUGAUU